AUGUCCGACGAUAUUCAUUGGUAUUUUGCUUAUGGCUCCAAUAUGCUGGAGGAAGUUUUUGUCAAGCGACGGAAGAUUCAGCCCCGAAAGUAUGAAAUUGCAGCCAUCAACACGCAUACCCUAUGCUUUAAUGUAAUGGGUGUGCCCUAUACCGACCCAGCUAUGGGAGGGAUCCGUUUGAGGGAGGAGCAGGAAAUCCCAGUAUACGGUGUCGCAUAUCAACUAACGUCAGAGGAUAUGCACCGUGUGAUCUUGACUGAAGGCGGAGGGAUUGCAUACAAUACAGCAACACUUACGGCCACUCUACAACGCGACGGCUCAUCGAUAUCAGUUACGACACUAGUGGCCAGGCAUCAAGUCGACAGGAGCUGGGAAAGACUACCUUCUCAACGAUACAUGGGUUUGUUGAUCCGCGGUGCCCAUGAAAAAUCUCUCCCAAUAGAGUAUCAAGAAAGGAUGGUCUCCCAACCGACCUUUGAACCGACAUCUUCCCUCAGAUUCCGGCUCGGUUGA